AUUGCCUCCAGUCAGUCAAUUGUCAAAACUGACUUGAGUAUUAUGUUGUCGGUUGGUUGUGGGGCGGCCUAGCCAUUGCCUCAAUAAUGUACAAAACAAUGUCCGCGGACAUAGAUUUCGUAGGUCUCUCAAAUUUCGCCCUCAAAACUGAGUACGCUUCUGAGGAAGAGUUCCAGGAUGACUCUUCAGAUACCCAAGAAACUGAACAUACCAGUCUGGAUCCUUUGAACACUGACCAGGAGGCAAAUUGUGGACGUAUUUUGGUAUCAAUCAAUCGGAAAAUCACGCUAGUCUGUGGAGCGUGCAAUGGUCGCUUCGAUUAUAUGGAAUCGUUUGGGAAUCAUCUGGAGAAGGUUCGAUGCGACUAUAUGUUGCGGAAAAACGGCUGCGUUGUGAAUGAGGAUCUCGAAGCUGGGAUCAAUGGAACUCAAGGCGACGCUCCUUCAACAGGGUCAACAGCCACAGAUGUGAACGCUCCAUCACCUAUAAAAAAUACUGAUGCUACGAAGUAUAAUAUCCGUGCAUCAAAAACUACGGUGGCAAAGGGGAUUCAAAGUACAACCCGAGAACAUCACCUCAAAAGCUCCUUGAAAUCAAAAAUUAUAGCCACCCCAGAGCCAAAGCACGAUGUGAAAAGAAACUUAUGUUUAACAUGCAAUCGUCGAAUGGAGUCAAGAGAAUCCUUAAUGCGUCACCAGAGAUAUCACAGGUACCUGUUUCGCAAGCAGCAGAAGCGCAAUUUGGAACGCAACAGACAAGAAGAUUCAUUGAACGAUGUUGUAAUCAAGGAGGAGAUUGUCGCCGAAAGAUAUGAAAUUCAAGAACCAGAAUUUCCGACAUCUGCAUAUGAUGAAGUAUGCGCUACAACAUCCGACGAGGUCGAUACAUCCGAAUUCAGAUCCCCACGAUUGGAAAAAAUUCCGUGUGAAGCAGCAGGACCACCAAUUCCAAGUGAACCAGGGGAACAAACAAUUAUGAGUGAAGCAGAUAAACAUCCAAUUCGGAAUGAUCCAAAGGAGCAACCAAUUCCGAGUGCACCAAAGGAAGGCGCAACUCCGAGUGAGCCAAGGACACCAGAAAUAUCAUACAAUGAAAACGAAACGCGGUUGGUGGAAAGUUUAUCCCCAAAAGAACUUGACAACGAUUCAAACAUUGUUGAUACACAAAAGAGUAUAAAGAGAGGAAAAGUAGAAAAGAUUGUGUUUACCUUGAAACCUGAGUACGACGAAGAAAAAAACUUUUGUAUCACCUGCAAUCGUCAACUUGCCACGCUGGCGUCGCUUCGACGUCACAAGCGGGAGCACAUAGUGAAGAUUGAACAUUGGAAGAUGGCAAACGGAUCGGCACCAAUUGUCUGUUCAGAAAAAUGUAAGCUUGACGGAAAAGGAGAUGCCGCGCUGGACUCUUCAGAAAGCCUUCUGCAUCAAAAAAGAAUACGUAGUGCUACAAUACGUAAAUAUUUAGACAAAAUUAGUUUACCUGAAACUGUAUUUACGUGCGACUUAUGCGAACAGCAACUCCAAUCAAGUUUUGGUCUAAAAAAACACGCUGUAAUUCGGCAUGGAGACGAGAUUCCGAAGUCCCUACAAAAUGAUCCAACAUAUCUCAAAUGUCGAUUUUGUCACGAGGAGUUUGAGAAGCCAACACAACGUUAUCUUCACGAAGGAACCCACCUCGGUCAACCGUCACCCUAUCAAUGUCCUUGUUGUCCAAAAACCUUCACCAAGGAAUCGGCUCGCAAAGUACAUAUGGCUAGUCAUAUAGAAAAUUAUGCAUUCAGUUGUCCAAAAUGUCCGAAAAAGUGUAAAACUCGCGAUAAUCUCUACCAUCACAUUAAAAGUGUUCAUGUUAAAAUCAAACCGUUUUCAUGUAAAUAUUGCGGAAAGGCGUUCAGUACGAGCACACAUCUAGCCUCUCAUAUGAUUGUUCAUACGAAGAACAUGCCUUAUCAAUGUGAUAUAUGCCUAACCGGAUUUCGCAAAAUGUCGUAUCUACGAACGCAUAAGAGGAGACACGAUAAUCAACCGGACUAUGAAUGUGAUCAAUGUGGGAAACAAUUUGUUACAAAGGACCAACUUCGAGAUCAUCUAGCAACACAUGCUGACAUGUCCGACGAAUCUGAAGCGCUAGCAGCAGAAGAAAAUAAAGCUCACGAAAAAAGAGCCGUUUCUACUGAACCUGGAAAGGCAACCUCAUUCAACACAAAUACAGAAGAAGCACCAUCAGAUGCUGGUCCUAGUAAGCUACAAUCCAAAGCAACAGACACUACUUGUGAGCAGAAUAACCAAGAAUGCACACCACAGGAAGGAGCAGAACUGGAAUCGAACUGUAGCGCUUCAUUGAGUAAAACAAAUGAAGAUCAAAUAACACUAGAAAGCGAUAGUGAUACAGAUGAAAGUAGCAAAUGUGCAAAUAAGCAAAAGAGCAAAAUCAAAACCAAAGGUGAGCGACUUGUGUUCGCAGUUAAACCCGAGUUCGAUGAUGAGAAAAAUUUCUGCAUCACCUGCAAUCGGCAAUUACCUUCAAGGGAGACCUACAAACGUCACAAAAGAUGGCAUAUCUCGAAACUCCACCGAUGGAAUAUCGAAAGCGAUUUGAAAGCAGGCAAGGAACCGAGAAAAAUUGUAUAUUCUGAUAAUCCUAGCUUCGAUGAGGAAAGAAAAUUCUGCAUCACAUGCGAUCGUGGAAUGGACCCUACAGAAAGUUUUGUAGAACAUAAAAAAGAACAUACAAAAGAAAUCCGUAAGAAACUAGGUAUCAUUAACACCUUAGAAGCCAGAUUGCCUUGUGAAUUCUGUAACCGGAAAUUUCAAAAAAACUUCUCACUGAGAAAUCACCUUGUCUUGUGUCACGGAGAUAGGAUUCCCAAGUCUUUGCAGGACGAUCCAUCGUACCUCAAAUGUCGAUACUGCCACCAGCAGUUUGAAAAGCCAACGGAACGUCAUAUACAUGAAGGACUUCAUUCCUCUGAGAUGGCACCGUAUCGAUGCUCAGAGUGUCCGAAAAUUUUCACCACAAGCGCGGCUCGCAAAUUUCACAAACGCGUUCAUACCGAUGAGCGUCCUUUCAACUGCCCGCACUGUCCGCUGACUUUUAAAGUGGAUGAAUAUCUUUAUCGCCACGUUCAAAACGUCCACGCCGGUGUAAAACCAUUCCAAUGUGAAUAUUGUCCAAGGUCCUUUUACUCGAAACUAGAACGAGCCUCCCACUCCAUCACCCACACAAACGAGUCACCCCAUCAAUGCGACGAAUGCGGUACCCGGUAUCGUCGGCUGCAAACUCUACAACUUCAUAAGAAAAGGCAUGCCAACCAAUUAGACCAUAAAUGUGAAGAAUGUGGGAAGCUGUUUCUCAGUAAGGGUCAAUUGAAACUCCAUCGGAUUGCACACUCUGAUGUCUAUCCUUUCCGUUGUGGGGAGUGUGGAAAACAAUUUCAACGUAGGAAAACUUUGAUAUCUCAUGAGAAGCUGCAUAGAGACGAGAAAGGGUACAGCUGCACGAUUUGUGGCAAGCAAUUCGCUCAGGCAAGUGGAUUGUAUUCGCACAAGAAGACUCACGGUGAUAAGUUGUAACCCCAAUUUGCAAUGACUUUAUUAGGUUUAAUUAAUUAUUUUAUUGUAUAUAAAGUUUUUUGGAUAAAUUAAUGUAAGGAGAAUAAAUAGUAUAAAU